AAAAACAAACCAAAAUUUUACAAAAUAAAUUUUUUUUUGUUUCGAAUUUAACAGUUUAGCAUUUUGAGUUUCGGUUCAAUUUUUAUUUCGGUUUUUUGAAGAGAUUAUUUUAAUUUAUUUAUUUGUUCAUUUUGUCUUACGACAGACAAACAUAUGUACAAUUUCUGUUUAUAAGUGUUUCUGUGUUAAACGUUUAACAACGACGAAAAUUCAAUUAAUCAUUCAGUAUACCGGGGAAAAUUGGAAAUGUAGAGUGAAAAGCGACAUUUCGGAAUAUAAAAAAAGUGAAACAAAUAUGCCACCGGCCACGUUAUUUGGCUGAAGACGAAAUAAAAUGAAACAAUAAAACGGUUCUCCGAUGAAGUAUACGGAAAUAAAAGCAGCAAUUUUUUAAAAAAUGAAAUGAAUAAAUUUAAGUGCUACGACAAGAAAUUCCAAAGUAGACAGCAAACAUUGUGACAUAGUCCAAUUAAUAAAAAAAAACCAAAGAGAGAAAAGAAGUGAAAUAAAAAUAAAAAUCCAACAAAAACAAGAAAGAAACGCGAGAUCAAACAGCUAGAGCCGCUUAAAUUACCAACAGAAAAAAAACUCAUCAUUGUGUCACACACCAGCUGCCAUCAUAACUCAACUAGUACAAAAUGCAUCCCAUUUAAAUGACCGCCUCCAAAGUAUCGAUAAUGGUGUGGGGGUGGACAUCGAAAAUAUUUCCUUAGCAACAACCGUCUUAACCACCGUUAUCAACCACUUCAAUAACACGGAAUUGCAUGAAAAUGAUACGUUCAGCGAUUUACCCCAAAUCCCAACGUACAUCAGAACAACAUCAAUGGUAUUUUGCGUAACCAUUAUGCUGUUGGGUGUAAUCGGAAAUGUAAUGGUGCCCAUCGUAAUCAUGCGAACCAAGGACAUGCGAAAUUCCACCAACAUUUUUCUGACAAAUUUAAGCAUUGCCGAUUUGUUGGUGUUGUUGGUGUGCACUCCCACCGUUCUUGUUGAAGUUAAUUCGAAGCCGGAAACCUGGGUCAUGGGAUCGAUGAUGUGUAAGGCCGUACCAUUCGUUGAACUGACGGUAGCACACGCAAGUGUGCUUACAAUAUUAGCCAUAUCAUUUGAACGAUACUAUGCGAUCUGUGAACCACUGAAGGCAGGCUAUGUGUGCACCAAGGCUCGUGCCCUAUUAAUUUGUCUUGCUGCUUGGGCUGUGGCGGCUGUAUUUACAAGUCCGAUAUUAUUUGUGGCCGAUUAUCGAAAGGAGGAAUACUUCGAUGGCUCAUCAGUGAUGGUUUGUUUGACCGAAGCAGAAAAUCCAUGGUCAGUUACCUAUUUCAUCAUGACGAUAUCAGCAUUUUUCUUACUUCCUCUCAUAAUUCUGGUAAUUUUGUAUUCGAUAAUUGCGAAAAAUUUAAUAUCCAAGGACAGCGCUAUGCAAAAGAUACGGCCGAGUAAGCCGGAAAUUAGUUUAAAGGCUCGCAAACAAGUCGUUUAUAUGCUGGGGGCGGUUGUUUUGUCAUUCUUCUUGUGCUUACUACCAUUCCGAGUGUUGACACUUUGGAUUAUUUUGGCGCCCGAAGAAAAGGUCCGAAAUUUCGGACUCGAAAGCUACUACAAUGUGCUAUACUUUUGCAGAAUAAUGCUGUAUCUGAACUCGGCCAUCAACCCCAUUCUGUACAACCUAAUGUCCUCAAAGUUUCGCAACGGAUUCAAGCGAGUGUAUUGUUGUUUCUGUUGGAAGAAGUCUCGGUUAACCAACGGUUGCCCGAGGGUGCCCACAUUAAAUACAACGACAUCCAGUUUCCUGUCGCACAGUCUCAGCCGACGGUCCGAGAGCAAAAAAACAAUGUCGCUGGAUGAUUUGCGCAUGAACAGCAAUGGGAAAAGCCAAUGGCCGCAGCAAUGUAGCUUAAAGCACACAACGGAAAAUAAGGACGAAUUGAGGAAGAUUGCAUUUCAGAAUUUCCUUCGACAAAAUUCAACGCAACAGUCGGAUGGGGGAGAUGGAAUUAGUCCACUACUGCAACGACAGCGACAGCGACCAAUUAGACAGUCUAGUUACGACGAUGAAUUGUUCAGUAAGACCAAGCGGAAAAAAUUAUUAUUAUUUCAGUAUAGUUUAGACGAUCAUAAGAUUAGCAAUGACGAGUUUGUUGAAACGGACCUCAAAAUGAAAAGCAGCGCCAGCGAUCAAAAUUGCGUAAUUCCAUUCGGUAGAUAGAAAGAAUGAAUGGACCGAGACUGGAUGGCUAUCAUGGUCGAGACAACCGAGGGCAUUGAACAACAUUCAUGACAGACAAAUUUUUCUUCCUUUUCUGUGGAAGUAAGGAAGAAGGAACGACAAAUUAAUAUGAAUUUUGCUAGAAUAUAAAUCAUAUUUCCAUCAAUUUAACAUAAAUCAUAAUUUGAAACACAUUCAAACACUGACCCCCUGAUGAGCAAAUGGAGAAGUUUGUAUUUUGAGAGGCUUCUUAAAUUAAUAUGUAUUCCGUGACUCCUGUUAUGUAAUGUAAGCUUUUUACAUAUUUAUAUCUUUGUUGUGCGAUAACUAAUUUAAGAACAGCUAAUGGAUUUAACGUGUUCAUUGUUUACCGACAUUUAUACCAUCACAAGGAGUGUAUUUUAUUAUAAAGCUUAGUUAUUUUGUAGCUUUUCUUGCUUAUAUGGAGGAAACAAAUCUGAUUUGAAAAUUUUAUAUGUUUCUUUGACACUUUCCAUACUUUUGUAAGAUAAAUUGAAAAAUAAUUGAAUUGUAAAUUAUCUUACUUUUCCGUUGUCUAGCGUAUGAGAAUUGUGAAAGUGACUACGCGGAUCGAAAAUGUUCAUUAUUUUAUGAUAGGGCUUCGCGAGCGUGGGUUCCCGAGAAACUAUAUCACGAAACGGAAACUUGUCGAUUAGUUUACAUUGUCACCGACAGAAUUCUAUAUAGUAUGCAGUAUGCCGGUGUGGUAGAGUUACGAUGAACGUUUCCAUUGGUAUUUGUAUGAAAAUGCAGAGACACUAACAGCUAAUGCUCAGGCUCAGGCUCAUUAAACCUGAAAUUUUCUGUGUAAAUUAACCUGAAAUUAGAAAAACCUCAUUUAAACGUGCUCACUUUGAACCUGAAAUCGCACAUCACUUUUAU